AUGUCGGCGUCUGAGACAGCUACCACCCAUGUUUUUUCAACUGUACCCAUCUACCAGCAGGUCUGGUUCAUCGUCCUCAUCAGUGUUACAAGCGUCGUUCUUUUCUUCUGUCUGGCGGUUUUCGUGGCUACUCGCAGAGAGAAACGGGAUCUGGAAUCACAGCUCGAAAAGGGCCUCGGGGAGAUGACGACUUCGACUUCGACUUCGACUCUAGAGGAUCCGACGGGUUUACCGACCUUACCUCGGGAGAAAAAAGGUCUAUUGGACGGGGGAUUGUGA